AUGCUUGAGAAAUUUAAGAAUUACAUUAUCAGUGAAUCGGAUCUCAAAGAUGGUCUCGAAAGUGAAGUUGCUGAGCACGUACCUGAACAGCACAAAGAAUAUCAGAAAUAUUUGGCAUUGGUCGCUAAAGCUUUCAGCCAAAACAGACCGGAAUAUCUACUUCGACUGUACACUCUUGAAACACCACUCUAUCGUGCACUUCUUGCCCCAAAACUAUCAACUUCAAUUAUGGUAUUAUUAAGUAAACUAAAACCGUGUUAUUUCCAAGGUCUUUCUUAUCGUGGUCUUAAGAUGACAACAGUUGAUCUAGGUGCAUAUCGAUGGCCAUUGAAAAAUAAAUAA